AUGUCAACUUCACAAGAUAAAGAUAUUACACCAACAGCAGCACACUUCGAGGCUGAACAAGAUCAAGAUCAAGAACAGGACGUUACUAAUGUAACUUCAUCUCCAAGUCAGACGCCGCCCAUAACAGAUACAGCUCCCACCACAACGUCACAGGGGAUGCAAGUUAUUGAAGAUGAACAUCCUGAAUUCAUUACUGCAGAUUCCGACUUAACCACGGAUUUACCCGAAGACAUCGACGUAAUUGACUUGAUCCAUUUGAAAAUUAGAUCUUUAGAAGAAUUGAACCUUUAUAGAUUUAAAGAAUUGACUCAAUUAUGUUUGAGACAAAACUUAAUAGAAAGUAUAUCUGAAGUAGAAGUGUUACCUCACGAUAAGAUCACCGAUUUGGAUUUUUAUGAUAAUAGAAUCAAACAUAUCUCAAGUAAUGUUAAUUAUUUGACAAAUUUGAAGAAUUUAGAUUUGUCCUUUAAUAAGAUUAAGAAUAUCAAAAAUAUAGAUAAAUUGAUUAAUUUAGAAAAUUUAUAUUUUGUUCAAAAUAAAAUAUCCAAAAUUGAAAACCUUUCCACUUUGAAAAAUUUGAAGAAUUUGGAACUAGGUGGGAAUAGACUUCAAGAACUGGAGAAGGAUGCAUUUGUUGGAUUAGAAAAUUUACAAGAAAUUUGGCUAGGUAAAAAUGCAAUUCCAAAAUUAGUCAAUUUGAGUCCACUUAAAAAUUUGAAGAUUCUUUCUAUUCAAGCUAAUAGAUUGAAGAAAAUUGAAGGUUUAGAAGAAUUGACCAACUUGGAGGAACUAUACGUAUCCAAUAACUUUAUAAGUAAACUUGAAGGGUUAGAAAAUAAUAAGAAAUUGACUAUAUUAGAUAUCACUGCGAAUAAAAUUACCAAGAUUGAAAAUAUAAGUCAUUUGAAACAACUGACUGACCUUUGGGCUUCAUUUAAUAAAAUAGAUCAAUCUUUUCAAUCAUUGGGAGAAGAAAUGACAGAUUUACCUGUAUUUGAGACAAUAUAUUUGGAAGGUAAUCCAAUUCAAUUACAAAAUGAAACAUCAUAUAGAAGAAAGUUAAUCCUCACUCUAGGUCCGUCAUUACAGAAGAUCGAUGCUACUUUCAUUCGUGGUUGA